UCUCCUUGUAAACCUUCUAUUUAUGAACCAUCUCCUUGUAAACCUUCUUUUUAUGAACCGUCUCUUUGCAAACCUACUACUUGUAAACCUUCUUCUUGUAAAUCCUCUAAUUGUAAAUCUUCUACUUGUAAAUCUUCUAAUUGUAAACAUUGUCCCUGUAAACCCCCUUUCUUCUUGUAUGCCUACUACUUGUAA